CUUGCUGAACCCAGAAACUUCCAAGUGCGGCAGUCUCCUGCUGUCAACUGUCACUCGAGGCCGGAUUGCUCGUUGUCCUCGCAGAAGGCGAACAAGGCAAACCAGGCGGCGCCGGCCAGCGACUUCUUGUACAUCGUCAGGGGAGAGGACAUCAACGAUGUGCCCACCAGCUACGUGGUCAACGGUAUCAAGCCGCACGAGUUCCCUGUUAUCGGCACCUACGUGGACAAGCGCGUCGUGCCGGGCUUCCGGUACGUGGUCCGCGGGAACCGCACUUCACGCUUCCUGUUCGGCGGCCGGCCCCUGCGACUGGAGAGCGUGGGCCGCGGCUACGGCAAGCGCAUCACGUUCGAGGCGCCGCCCGGCGUGCUCAACGAGAACGACAACUUCUUCUACUCGGACACCAUCGAGCAGGGCUACGGCUUCGCGCCGGUCGCCGUCCAGGUCGGGUACCGCUUCCGCGUCCAGGACUGCCAGGGCGAAGUCUGCGGCGACCUGGUGCUCGACGAGCUGCUCGGCGAACAGACCGAGGUCGCGGGCGACGUCCGCAAGGAGGACGGCGCCAUCGUCAAGCAGAUCGCGGUCGACUUCCACGCGAGGUUCCUGUGCGUGAACAACAGGCUCCUGGACCGCCAGCUGGUCUGGAACAGGGUCCGUCUCAGCGCCGUCGCGAGACUCGUCAAGCACCGCGGAUCGACCGAGGCCCGCCUGGAGAAGCUGCUGCUUCGCGACUGUCCGCUGGCCGGCUACGAACUGGUUCCCUUCUCGCGCAAGGUGCAGCAGCUGGUCAACAGCGAGGAAUAGAUAGGUAUAGGUGUGCGACCCACGCCCGACCACAUCAGCUCUGGUUGCGGAGAUCUCUUCUUUGACGUUAUCGACCCGGCCCCGCACUGUACCGGUCGUAUUCGUUCAACCAAAGAGUCGGCAUCUCUCUCGGAGCGCACUCCUAGGGAACCAAGGAUCGCGAGCGUGAAAGGACGUCUGUUCUGGUCUUUGGGCGGUCUUCUCCCGCUCACCGAAGGAGAGCUGUCGAUUGCAUGGCCUGACAGGGCGAACCCCACGGACAGUGACCGUGUACGAGGUGAUCUACUGAAAGAGACUCUUGUAAAAAAAGGAGACAAGAGCGACUCUGCUCGGCAGAAAGGACAGUAUUUAUGCGAGUCGUUUCUAAAGUCAGCGUGUUCAAAGCUGCUCGUAGAAGAGAGAAAACAAAACAAAACAAAUGAGCGCAGAACUGCGUGCGUGGGGUCGUGGUCAGCCGGCUGGCCGUGCCCUGUUGGGAGAGUGAUAUAUUUUUGUCGAUCUUGUCCAUUCUACUCCCGUCCUUGUUUACACAAUUCUUUCAAGGAACUAUCUGCGCGUCUUGCAAUUCUCCUUUUGUUUAUUAUUUUGUUGUUGUUAGAGAAGAGGUACCAUACACCUCGCGCCCCUACUUUUGCCGCUUCGCUGUAGCCCUGGCGAGAACUCCUGUAUAUUUUAUACCAUUAUUAGUAUUUUUUACGUUUGUUCGUCGUCGUCAUCCCAGCAGCCGGAAUCGUUUGUUGUGAACACCGGGUCGCUCGGUUCCGACGUUGUGCGCAUUUAUUUAUUCGGUGAACGGUGUAAUUUAUGCACGGGCAAGCGAUGCCACGUCUGUGUUUCGCCGUUGCUGCUGCUCGAACGUCAAAUAAAGUACGAAAUAAACCUGA